GUUUUGGCUCCCCAUCCGACGGAGUCGGGGGAGGCGGGCGACGGAGGAACCCUAAAAACAGGUGCGUGCGCGCCCCAAAAUCCUCUCGCUGUUCCCGCGAUUUGAAAGUCAAGAGCAGGCGACCAUUGAUGGUGGCGCUUCGAGUCACGGCGAGGAGGCUCGUCGACGGUGGCCAGACGCCGACGGUGACGGUGGAAGAGGCGCAACGCCGGCUCUUCCCGAGACUCUCCCAGGUCGACCGGGCUAGGUCUACCACAUCCUCCGCUGCUGUUGCUGCAGACACCAAUGUGGCGGCGGGCAAGGGCUAUGAAGAUCGGGAGAAACUCCUGACAGAGAUCCAUAAUAUGAGCGAGGAGUUGUAUGAUAAGGUUUCGCAUGCGGAAAGGAUCUACAAUAUCCCUGGUAGGGAAGGCAAAAAGAUCAGUCGGCUGCGCGAGGAGCUCGCCACGCAAGUGGGGCCUAGACCCGGCGACGACUCAUGGCGCAUGUUACGAGUGAUGCAUACAUUAACGUAUUACGGUGGAUAUGCGUCUUUUAUGUUCACCUCAUAUGUGCUCGCGAGCAUGGCCAUUGGUUCGAUCGUUGAAUUGGAGCCAGAUGAAAAGCGAUGGAUAAGAAGAAAAGAGGGGAGGAACGCAAGCGAAAUGAAACAAAAUGAUUGAGAGCCGUGUUUAUGAAUGGUAAAAUUCCAAUAAAAGGUUGCUAGUGUGUUCUUGCAUGAACAAUCAUCUAUCGCUUUGUAUGACGGAACCAACUGGUUAGUACCAAGAUGUUAUGCUAUAUCUAUUUUGGUGUUUCCAUGUUUUAUGUUUGUUGAAGAAAUUGAAAUAAGGAGUUCAAAGUUGCAACUGCUUAACGCUGACAUGUACAAAAAGUAUCUUGCAGGAAUUCUCUAUAUUCCAAUGCUAAUGUAAGUACCUGUUGUAUAUCAUUAUAUUUUUACAUCAGCAUGUACUUUGUUAAGUAGCAUCGGCAUAA